AUGGAAUCAAUGUGUCCUCGCUGCUUCUCAAUCUUCAAUUAAGUUGAGAGGCAUCUAGUCAUUUUACCAUGCGGAGAUGGAAUAUGCUUGACCUGUUAUGAUGAGCUAUUGCAAUCUAACUCUGAGGGGAAUAAGCAAGGAAGCAGUAAGUUACAGUGCCCAUUAGACAAUGAAGUUUUAACAAUUAAUCAUAAGUACAAAGAAAAUCUUAAGAUCAUCAGAAGAAAUUAUAACUCAUAAGACUCCUUGGGCAUAUUCUGCGACUCUCAUCCAAAUAAUCAGGCAGACUUCCUCUACUCUAAGCAUGAUACCUUUAUCUGUGAUCAGUGUGUUGAAUAAUUAAAAAGUAAUAACACCUCGAAUAUACAAUUAGUAAAAAUACAAAGAGAGGACCUGGAGAUAUAUUGUGAAACAAUCAUUACUCAUCUGUAGUCAUUUACCAAUCGCAUCAGUGAAGCCAGUAAGAUUGCAUCAAAGCUAAAAAGGUGCAAACAAGCAUUCAAUUCAUAGCAAUUUGUGAACUUUGUAAAUGAAGUCAAGGACAUACUAGCUGGGCAGUAUAUUAAAAGUGAGGAAGAGCAAAAUAACAUAGACUUUCUUUAUUAAGAAGAGGAAGAAGAAAAUGAAGUGCAAAAUAUGCUAGACUAGCAUGCAGCUUCAAACAACGACUAGACGUCGUAAAGAAGUGGAAAUGAAAGAAAAAAUACUUUGGGGGCUAAUAGAUAAAGCACGAUUUCUAGACGCAUGAGCAGUUCAAGUCCAGAGAUGGGAAGAAGACAAACUAAAAGUGAUAAGAAGAAGGAGGUAGAGGAAUAUGUGUAUGAGGUGCUAGAAAAUGACAAUGGGGAUGAAAGUCUUGAAGAAGAUAAUGCUGCAGCCUCUAAUAAUGUUAGAAUAUUUGAUGAUCCAUUGUAAAAUGAAGUUGAAGAUCCCAUAAAGAAAUAGGAGGAAUUCUUUGAAUACUCAAAGGAGACAUUCGGACUUGAUGAAGAUUCAAUACAGCUUAUUGGUGAUUGGAUAGGGGAAAGAGUUGAUUUUGAUCUUAUAUAUCGAGGUACUAGAGAUGGAUUUGAUUCCAAAAAAUUCCAUUAAAUUUGUGAUAAGCAAGGCCCAACCUUAUGCUUAAUUAAAAGUGACAAAAAUGAAGUUUUCGGAGGAUUCACAUCAGUCUCAUGGAACAGUAAUAAUACUUUCUCUGCUGAUGAAAAGGCAUUCAUAUUCUAAGUCAAUAAGAAAACAAAACACUCCCUGUAUCAAAAUAAGGAGAUGGGUGUUUGCCAUUUCUCAGAUAGUCUUGUAUUCUUUGGAAUGGGCUGUGAUAUUAUUAUUACAAGUGACUGUGAUAAGAAUGCAACAAGCUAUUCUAAUUUGGGAUAGACCUACUUACCUCCAGAUGGAUAUAAUUAGGGAGAAGAGAAGACUAAAGAAUAUUUGGCAGGGUCUUUCUUCUUUAAAGUUGUAGAGUUAGAAGUCUACAAAGUUAUUUAUAUUUGA